CAACUCAUCACCAUAUGGCCUAAAAUAUCUUCUUAUCUUUUUUCUUUCUUGGUUACUUUGUUCUUUGGCCAUCUUCUUCCUCCUAAAAAGUAAAAAAGUCAUAAAAAAAAAAAAAAAGAUAUGUCCACAUUUGCCCCAAAUUCACACAUCCUGUGCAGAGAAAUCAAUCAGUUAUAUCACCAGCAGCAAUUAUGGGGUGUUGGGAAUUGCUUUGGUCUGGUAAAGUCAGAUAAAUUCAGUUUUGGAAAAGAUGACAAGGGAAAGCGGAAAACAGUGAGGAAGAGAAGAGGAGGAGGAAACUGGAGGGUGGAUGGUGGUACUUUUUUUGGAUCCUUGUCAAGAACUCCAGCCACCAUUGAAAUGCAACCAAUUGAGGAUUGUGAUGAGUUAGACAGGAUUCUUCUUGAAGCUAACCAACUUUCCCAGCCCAUCAUCAUUGAUUGGAUGGCUUCUUGGUGCCGGAAAUGCAUAUAUUUGAAACCAAAAUUAGAGAAAUUAGCUGCUGAUUAUGAUUCCAAGGCCAAGUUCUUCUGCGUGGACGUGAACAAAGUGCCCCAGUCAUUAGUAAAGCGUGGAAACAUCACUGUAUGUAUCCAUUUUCUGUGUGUAUUAAGUCCCGAUUUAUUCCAAGGUUUGAUAUUUUUAUCUCUCUGUGUUCUGUACCCAAUGGUGUGUUUGCUUUCUCACAGAAAAUGCCCACAAUUCAGGUGAGUUCAAAUCUUGAUGUAAUGCCCUUGUUGAUACUUUCUUCUUUUCCCCUUUUCGAAUCUUUGAUGGGAAAUGAGUAUGAUUUUUUAGAUUCAUUUUAAUCCCAUUGUUGCAGCUGUGGAAAGAUGGGGAGAUGAAAGCAGAAGUGAUUGGAGGACAUAAAGCUUGGCUUGUGGUUGAAGAAGUGAAACAAAUGAUCCAGAAUUUUGUAUAGCCAAAAAUUUGUAUACUUAGGCAGUUUUUAGUCUUUUGUUGAUAUCAUUGUAUAGAUGUAUUGAGUUUCUUGAAUCCAACAUAUUAGUUCCUCACUAUUAUUGUUAAAAUUGUUACUGUUCUGCUAUAAAAAAAAAAAAUCUGCUACAGUUGGUCUUCCAUGUUGAGUAUCCCACAUCGGGUGGUGGGAGAGAGUUGAUAUCAAUAUAUAAGUAUAUGGGCUACUCCCUUCAUUGCCAAUUAGUUUUGAGAUGAAACCCCAUGAGCUUCUAUAUUCCAGAAUUGUCUGGUGCAAUGAAAAUUCAGACACAACAGCAAUUAAAGGCUUUCAGCUUCCCACACUUUCCCAAGCAUAAAAUGCUUACUGUCUUGAGAUGAUCAGCUAAGGAAAUCGCUCUGCUUUCCAUCUAAACUCUCCAACCUUUUGCAUAGUUACUAUUUUUUGGGCAGUCCUACACCUAAUGCAUUAUGUGGUAAUACUUAUUCACCUGUGAGCUCCUCUAAGUUUGGUGCAUUCUUGAGCAAGUCCAGGACAAGGUUACGCACUCUACUACUGUAUGUUUACCAUCACUGGUGGAGCACGG